AUGUCGUUCAGCUUCGAAAUGAGCCAAAUGCUCCCGCCGGCUCCGCGCGAUUGCUACGCGGUCCCCGGCAGACCGGCCGAUCCGUUGACCGUCGUCGGAUGGGACGACAUGAACCUGAAGCUGUUCUAUCCGGCCGCCCUUUUCAGUACAUGGACCAUCCGCACCGGCCUUUAUCCUCUUGCCGUGCUCCGCAGUCAAUUGCAGCUUCAAAAACAGAACACCGUCUACCGUAGCACUUUGCAUGCCUAUCGGGACAUCUGGAGACACGAGGGAUUCCGAGGACUGUACAGGGGAUUCUGGAUCACCGUCCCGCAGAUUGGCUGUUCUUUCAUCUAUUCGACAAUUUUCGAAAAGGUGCGUUCGGUGCUGCACGAGCGAGGGUUCCAGUCGGUCGGAGGAGCCGCCGCGAUAGCUGGAGGAUGGGCGAGUCUCGCGACGCAAUCGAUCUUCGUGCCGACGGAUAUUAUUUCUCAGUACAUGAUGAUCUACAAGAACAAGGACAAACUGACUGCUGGCCACGACAAGGCCGUCAUCGAGAGAGUGACGUGAGUGGAGAGUUAUGGCAGCCAUCCGAUGGUGUUUUAUUCAGGGAGUCUGUGAAGAACGGGAAGAGACUGGGUCCAAGCGUGCUGAAGGCCCUCUACCGCACUGACGGAUUCCUCGGUUUCUACCGUGGCUUCUGGGCUUCCGUGUCCGUCUACGUCCCCCAAAUGCUCGUCUUCUGGCCCAGUUACUACUGGCUGCUCGACCGUUUUCAAGAGGUGAUUCGACCGAUCUCCGACAGUCCGUCUUAAUGAGUUCCAGGUCUCUCCUGCAACUAAGCGUAGUUUCCUGAUCGACCAGGCUGUGGCGGCAAUGAUCGGAGGAUCCGUGGCGACCGUGUUCACCAAUCCUAUGGAACUGUUCCGUGUCCGCCUUCAAAUGCACCGCAGCAGUUAUCCGAAGACCUUGACGACGUUGUGGCGUGACGAGAGGACCGCCAUUUUCACGAAAGGACUCACUCCAAGGUUAUCAUGCUCGUUUUUCUGCUGAGCCAAUCCGUCCAGUUUCAGACUCAUCACCAACUCGAUCUACUCUGGAAUGGUCAUCGCUGGUUACGAAAUAGUGAAGAGAUUGUGUGUGAAAGAGGAGCACAAGCAUCGUAUCAAAUGGUAG